AUGGAAUUCUCUAGAGACGCAGGAAUGAUGAUGGAGAAUAAGCGGAACGUCUGUUCUCUCGAAGAAGGCAGCAUCAAACGCCACAAGUCUGAUCUCUCUUUCAAUUCCAAGGAGAGGAAGGAUAAAGUUGGAGAACGUAUUUCAGCUCUUCAACAGAUAGUUUCCCCUUAUGGAAAGACAGACACUGCAUCAGUCCUGCUAGACGCAAUGCACUACAUAGGGUUCCUGCAUGAACAAGUGAAGGUUCUAAGUGCUCCUUAUUUGCAAACAGUGUCCGCUGCUACUCAGGAGGAGCUGGAUGGAUACAGCCUGAGAAACAGAGGAUUAUGUCUUGUUCCAAUGGAGUACACAGAAGGAGUUGCUCAGAGCAAUGGUGCUGAUAUAUGGACGUCCGUGAAGACUCCUCCAUCUCCAGCUUUCAGUGUCAACUCUCAGUCACCCUUUAGAUGA